AUGCCUAUUGACUCCAUAUCUUUGAAGGGCUCAACCAGAACGAUAACAGAAUUUUUCGAAUACAGCAUAAACUCAAUUCUUUACCAAAGAGGGAUAUAUCCACCUGAAGACUUUUCAAGAGUGAAGAAGUAUGAUUUAACAUUAUUGAAAACACACGACGACGAACUUAAAGAUUAUAUAAGGAGGAUACUAAUUCAGGUUCAUAAGUGGCUUUUAGGAGGAAAGUGCAAUAAAUUGGUUCUAUGUAUAAUCAACAAGGAUGAAGGAGAUACUGUGGAACGUUGGUCUUUUGACGUAACUCAUUACAAAAGUGAAAAUAGUUCUGAACAAUCGAAUGAAGAACCAGAAUCAAUUGACUCAGAGGUUACCAAAAACCAAAUCAGGGCAUUAAUAAGACAAAUCACAGCCAGUAUGACAUUUCUUCCUGAAUUGGCUAAUGAAGGUAACUAUACAUUCAACGUAUUGGCUUAUACAGAUGCAUAUGCGAAAGUGCCUCUAGAUUGGGCUGAUUCAGAUAGCAAAGAGGUCGAAAACGCUGAGGUGGUACAAUUUAAAUCAUUUUCAACAAAUGAUCAUAAGGUUGGCCUUCAAGUAAGCUACAGAUUUUAG